GUCAAAGUACAUUUUGUUUGUCAUCAUUCUAGUGUAGAUUUUAACUGCUCAGAUAAAUUUGCUCUCAUCAAGAAAAUGGCUUUAGCUGAUGUUUGUGGGCUCCCCAAUGGGGAUUUGUUCAAUGGAUUCCAAAUGAACCAUCAAUUCUCCCAGCGAGACAUUGUUGCCGGUAGCUAUAAUCUUGAAAACAGUCUUUCAUUAGCGGUUCCCCCAUUUCAGGAUCCUGCCGAAAAUCUGGCUAAACUGCAGGCUCAUGGUGAAUCUAGCGGGAUUAAGAUGAAUUUCGAUCACGGAACCACAACGCUCGGUUUCCGCUUUCAGGGUGGCGUUGUGCUGGCUGUGGAUUCCCGUGCUACCGGUGGACAAUUCAUUGGUUCGCAAACGAUGAAAAAAAUUGUCGAAAUCAAUGACUACCUGUUGGGAACGUUGGCUGGAGGUGCGGCCGAUUGCGUCUAUUGGGAUCGAGUGCUGGCGAAGGAGUGCCGUAUCUAUGAGCUGAGAAACAAGGAGCGUAUAUCGGUUGCGGCUGCGAGCAAAAUUAUGUCAAACAUUGUGUAUUACUACAAGGGAAUGGGACUCAGCAUGGGAAUGAUGUUGGCCGGCUACGAUAAAAGGGGUCCUCAGCUGUACUACAUCGAUUCUGAGGGAACACGUACACCUGGAAAGGUGUUUUCCGUGGGUAGUGGCUCGAUUUACGCGUACGGAGUUCUCGAUUCUGGAUACCGGUGGGAUUUAUCGGACGAAGAAGCGCAAGACCUUGGUCGACGCGCAAUCUAUCACGCAACGCACCGUGAUGCCUAUUCCGGUGGUAUCGUGCGAGUAUAUCACAUCAAGCCAACCGGAUGGGUUAAUAUUUCCAACCAGGAUUGUAUGGAUCUGCACUUUAAGUUUCAGGAGGAAAAACAGCAGAAGCUUGGAUCCUAAAUUUGGCGGUGUUCCAAUAUUUUUAGUUAUGUACUGGUAUUAUAUUCAGCAAAUACAUGUUUGAUCAUUUCGUGGUAA